GUAAAUUCAGAAGGUCUCGCGAACUUUUGCGACUUCCACGAACAUCACGAACUCUCCUUUUCCGCCUCACCCCCCUCAACCGCCAGGAAGAAAAUCCGUCAAGAUGGCUCCCUCCAACCUGCCUUCGAUCUUCAACGCCACCAGCCAGGACAUUGAGAUGCUCCUGGCUGCUCAGGCUCACCUUGGCAGUAAGAACUUGCAGGUGCACAUGGAGUCUUACCUCUGGAAGACCCGUGCCGAUGGUGUCAACGUUAUCAACGUUGGCAAGACCUGGGAGAAGAUUGUCCUGGCCGCCCGCAUCAUCGCCGCCAUUGACAACCCCGCCGAUGUCUGUGUCAUCUCUGCCCGUCCCUACGGACAGCGUGCCGUCCUCAAGUUCGCUUCCCACACUGGUGCCUCCCCCAUCGCCGGUCGCUUCACCCCCGGUAGCUUCACCAACUACAUCACCCGCUCUUUCAAGGAGCCCCGUCUGAUCGUCGUCACCGACCCCCGCACCGACGCCCAGGCCAUCAAGGAGGCUUCCUACGUCAACAUCCCCGUCAUUGCCCUCUGCGACACUGACUCCCCCACCGAGUACGUCGACGUUGCCAUCCCCACCAACAACAAGGGUCGCCACGCCAUCGGCUGCAUCUGGUGGAUGCUCGCCCGUGAGGUCCUCCGCCUCCGUGGCACCAUCUACAACCGCGAGACCCCCUGGGACGUCAUGGUCGAUCUUUACUUCUACCGUGACCCCGAGGCCGAGGCCGAGGAGAAGGUCGAGGAGGAGAAGGUUGUCGGCGCCGAGGAGGAGGCCGCCCCCGCUGCCAUCGAAUCUGGUCUCGCUGGUGGUGACUGGGAGGCUCCCGCCGCUGGCUUCGCCGGUGCCGCCACCACUGGCUGGGACGGCGCUGCUGGUGAGGAGUGGGGUGCCUCCGGUACCACCGCUCCCCCUGCCACCACCGAGUGGGCUGCUGCUGCUGAGCCCGCCAAGGAGACCCAGUGGUAGGAAGCUGAGGCCCAAGGCGGUGCUGAAGAAGGCGCACAGUGGUGAUGGCGAUUGGUCGACAUCGGCGGCGUUUCUAGGCUUGCUGACUUUUAUCUUGGGGCUAAGGUUCAACUUGGCGGUGCUAAUGAGGGAAAGAUACUCGCCCCUGGCCCAUUGUCCCUCUUUUGUCUCUCUGUGUCGGGCUUCUGACUACGCUUGUUCUCGGAUGCUCAGGCUGGGAGGACGGAACUCACCGGAAAGGGGGGGAGGGAAAGCCCUGUAUCGCUAAGGGGGUUAGACUUGAUCGUCGUCCCGCCUUUGUUCUACGGUUUUGAUGCGAGAAGCUACAUAGUCGUCCAAACUGGGAGGAAAAAAAGAUCCAAAAAGUUGCCAUUGAAA